UCCAUCACCUUCCAUCCUCCCACCUGCCUCCCCCUUUUCCACUCCUACUCUUUUUUCUCUCUAGAAUUAUUUCCCUUGUUAGAUACUCUUUUAAUAUUGUUUAUCUUUCUCUACUAUAUAUACACACCAACACUUGACUUACUUCUUUAAUUUAAUUAAUAAACCUUUCUACAUAUAUACUCUCUCCUUCAACAAGUGUCAAACUAGUAUACUAUAUACUACAAUUAGCUACUACUCCAACAUCAUUUAAUGAAGGAGUGUGGGAAAAAUAGUAGUUCACCAUGUGCAGCUUGCAAGUUAUUGAGAAGAAGAUGUGGUCAUGACUGUGUUUUUGCACCUUAUUUCCCUGCUGAUGAACCUCACAAGUUUGCUAAUGUUCAUAAGGUCUUUGGUGCUAGUAAUGUCAGCAAAAUGUUACAGGAAUUGCCAGAGCACAAAAGAGGAGAUGCAGUGAGUAGCAUGGUGUAUGAAGCUAAUGCUAGAGUUAGAGAUCCAGUUUAUGGAUGUGUUGGAGCCAUUUCAUCUCUUCAACAACAAAUUGAUAUGCUAAGAACCCAACUAGCCAUGGCCCAAGCUGAGGUUGUCCAAUUGAAGCUAAGACAAUCAACAAACAUUACAAAUAGCCCACCAAAUAGUGGGUCACCCAUUAUGGGCUCACUGCCCAAAGGAUAUUACCAUAUGGAUUUGGAUGUAGACCAGUCCAACACCUUCAAUGAGCCUAUGUGGCCAUAUUAGAUGAAUUUUGUUGUCUAUUUAAACUUCAAAAAUUAUCUUGUGUCCUUUUGCCUCUAUAUAUCUUUUUCUUAUAAGAGCAAAGGUGAUGAUUAGGUUGUUGUUUGUGAGCUAUGUUGCUCAGACUCUUCCAAAAUGUCGACAUGUGCGUGUCUGAUCCACACGGAUGUGACAUCAUUUUUAAAAAGUUCGAACAACUUAGUUUGUGAGUGUGUUAGAAUGAAAUCAAACCCUUCAUGGGGUGUUCGGCCUUUUGGCAAAAAAAAGAUUAUACUAUCAUCUUUGUUCUUGUGUA